UAGAAAAUCAGAAGCGGGCAGCACGUCUUUUCCCACCUCAAAAAAAUCUUCAUUCUUGUGCCAUAAUCUCCUGCCCUCCAACUCUUGGUAUUCCCAGCCGAGGCAACUGCAGUCAGCCGGAGCGUCGUUUCUAUUCGUCUGCAUCAUCCUUUAUCAGCUGACACUGGAGUUGCGUUUUUGUCUGGAUUCGACUUGAAAAGAGAGAGGAAAGGCACAUAAAGCCUGAAGCUAGAGGUAGAGGGGACUCCGCGGGGGGAAGAAAAGCCUUCAUGUUUCAGUUGCCAAUCUUGAAUUUUAGUCCCCAGCAGGUAGCGGGGGUAUGCGAGACUUUGGAAGAGAGCGGAGACAUCGAGCGUCUCGGCCGAUUUCUCUGGUCGCUGCCCGUCGCACCUGCUGCCUGCGACGUACUUAGCCGGAAUGAGUCCGUGUUGAGGGCUCGGGCUAUCGUAGCCUUUCACACUGGGAAUUUCCGUGAGCUUUACCACAUUCUGGAGAACCACAAGUUCACCAAAGAGUCUCAUUCCAAACUGCAAGCACUUUGGCUGGAGUCACACUACCAGGAGGCAGAAAAGCUCAGAGGCCGCCCGCUAGGGCCAGUGGACAAAUACCGGGUGCGAAAGAAGUUUCCUCUGCCUAAAACUAUUUGGGAUGGAGAGCAAAAGACACACUGCUUUAAAGAAAGGACCAGGCAUUUACUUCGAGAAUGGUAUCUUCAGGACCCUUAUCCGAACCCAAGUAAAAAGAGAGAGCUUGCACAAGCUACUGGACUCACUCCCACUCAAGUGGGAAAUUGGUUUAAAAAUCGCAGACAAAGGGACAGAGCAGCGGCCGCGAAAAACAGGUGUGUUUUUCCAAAUUUCAACCUUUCGGGCACAUUGUGCAAAUAUUUCAAGAUUACAACAAGGCUCGAUUCGGUCCUUAACUGGAGAGGAUGGUGCUGUAGAUCGACUGGGGAACGCGUCCAGCCCUGAAGCGAGCCUGUCGAGUAAAGCCGCUGCUUCGGCGAUCUCCAUCACUUCAAGUGACAGCGAAUGUGACAUCUAACAUCGCACCACAAACCGCCCGGGGGCAAUACAGGAAGACUAUGAGAAAAUUAACACAUAACGAAGGAAAUUCAGACAGACAAUCAGCAAGAAAACAAGCACAAUAGUGCCUGCCUUAACGAAUCAGAGGCCGUGUUUUUAUUUUAUUAUUUUUAUUUGAAGGGCGUUACACCAGCCCGGAAUCGUGGGAUUCAUGGAAUGCUUUGUCUUUAAAAAGAAUAUUUAUCGUUUUUCCACAGCAAAAGAGGGGGCAAACAAAAAAUCAUAAUCAGAAGAAAGAACAACUGUAUUAAAGUGAUUUUGUAAGCCCCCGAAAAUAUUUUUUGUUUGUUUUGAAAGGACUUUAAGUUGAAACAUUUUCUAAAGUGUUUGACCAUUCAAUUGUUGAAUAAUGUUUUUGGUCGUUUUAAGUCUGGUCAUUUUCGACGAUAAACAACUGAUUUUUUUUAAAGCAUGUGCGGCGAUAGUGAAGAUGUUUUAAUGAAUGCAAGACUUGAAGCUAAUAAAAUGUUUCAUUAUCAAACUAAUCAUAAAGACAUAUCAAUACCCAUUAUCAUUUUAAAUUUCUAUCAUCUGUCAUUAUGAUAAACUUGAUUAAAUUCAUUUUGUCAUCUCAUCUUAUUUUGUUAGCCUGUUUAAAAACAUUAGCAUGUGUGAAUGCAAUGUUUCUUCCAGCCUCCAUCAAGCAAAGCAAAUUUUGUCUCCGUAUAAUAAACAGUAAAAAUGUAAGGUCCAUGGACAAUCAGUAAUCGGUAAAUGUAGGAUAUAGUGGUGUGUUGUAAAUGUAGGAUAUAGCGGUGUGUUUAACCUGAUAGCUUACCGCGUGUCCAGACGCGUUAACCGCACGGAGUGAUUGGCUUUGCAGUUCGGUAAUGCAUGUUGACAGGAGAAGGUCAUUGAGAGGGCGUAGCGCAUUGCUUUAAAACGAGCAAACUAAGAAAAGCUUUUAAAAUCAGACAAUUGUGACUUAUAAAAACAUAAACUCAAAACAAUUCAUCAUCAAUUUAAUUACGUGGCAAACUUUUUACAUUAUUUAUUAUUACAUUAAUAUAGGUGUAUCUAAUCAUGUUUGUUGCCAAUUUUUAUGUUGACCUAAUGUAAUAAUUUUACGUGGAAAUUUGGCACGCAAAUAAAAUACAUUUAGGGCAUUUUCUGAGUGAGGAUUUAUGCUAUAUUUUUCCCACAUAGAUACUGCAAAAAUGCAGUGUUUACAAGAGACAAAUAAACUGUAAAGUUCUGACACCAGUUCAAUACUGUUUAUAACCAUUUCAACCGUUUCAUUAGCCUAUAAAAAACUUAGAUCUAAAAGCAAUCGUGUAAUACGCAUUAUUAUUAUUAUUAUUAUUAUUUAUUAUUUAUUGUUACUUGCUAUUUAUUUGUUUUAUAUUUCAUGUCAUAUCAAAGUUAGAUUUCACUUCUGUCCCAGGAGCGAAGGACAAGUUGUAUACUUAAAGUCUGUUAACAAUGCUUGGCUAACUCGUCAUUGAGAAAAAAUGAAUAUUUGAAGUAGGGGCAAGGAGAUGGUGGGUUAUUGAGUUUGCAAAGGGACAAAAGCGGAAUGGUUAGGUGAAAAGAGUGUUUCUCACAGUCAAUAAGGUUGUCAAACUCUUCAGCUCUAAUAAGCGGUAAUGACCGAUUUCCAAACCCUACUGGAACAAUAGUGAGCCCUUCAAACUCUGUUGGGGUUAAAGGGGAGCUUUCUUCCCUUCGCCCUCUAACAAGAAGCCUUAUUCAGUGCUAAAAUGUUGAAACUGUAUACUGUAAUAGUGUGUAUAAAAACACCAUGCCACAAACACUGAGAACAGUAAUUAACUGUAAAAAUAGAUGUUGUACUAAUUAUUCUUUUCAUUCCAAAAGACAAGUUAGCACAAAUAUUUUACAUUUUUUGGAAGCCACUAACAUUAAGCAGUGACUUGCAUUCAAUGAAACAAAGAUUUUUAAAGGUAAUGAAAAGGCUAUUCAGAAUUGUGAGCGCCUCACAAUUGUUAUGCGUAUUAUACACAUAACAACAAUGCAAACAUAUUGUGCAAAGUUGUUGUGG